UAACUUUAUAUCCAAUAUGUAUAUACUGAUUAAACUUCUUGAAAUAUAAUUACCAAAAAUUAUUUAUUAAAAUAUAAUUUAUAAUUUAUAAUUUUAUAAAUUAUAAUAUAUAAUUAAAAAAAAACAAUACCAUGGAAAUACAUAACUAAUACGAAGUGGGAAAAAUAUAAUAAUAGUAUUGUUUAAGUAAAAUUCUACUAUUACUUUGUAUAUUGUUAUGUAAUUUUAUUAAUGUAAUAAAUAUUUGUUUUUUAUAAGUUAAAGUUUGGUUAAAUUGUAGAAUUUAAAAAUAAAUGAGUAUAGUCUAAAAUUUUAUAAAAUAAAAGGUGUUAUUUGCAAUAAAUAAUAAGUUAAAAAAUGAAUAUAAUAAAAAUUGAGGGAAAAAAUAAGGAGAACCAUUGGAGCAAAUCACAACUUCAUUUUGAGUUUAAUUUAGUUUGAGGAAAAAAAUGAAAGAAACCAUUGGAAAUGGGCUAAAGAAAUUUUUAGAAAACUGAACUAACCGAUUACCAAACGGAAAUCGAUUUUUUAGUUGUUGAAAUAAACCAAACCUUCUAAUUGAACUGAACCAGAAUUGAACUUUCUGUUUGGUUCGGCAGGUUCGGUCCGAUUCGGCUAGUAACCUCAUGCCUAUAAAUCUUCUUAAUUUCUUAAAAAGUGUAAAACAUUGUCUCUUUAAAAAAAAUAUUUUUAUUAUAUUUUACAAUCAGUUUAUCCGAUAUUUAGCUUUUUAGAAGAUAAAUUUCUCAUAUUUAACUAUUUUAUAAAAACGUGAGAAAAGACAGUUGUUUUUGAAAUAAUGAUGGAUUAUGUUUAUGGAGACAAUUAGAGCUAUGGUUAGUAGGUCUUUGUAAGCAUUAAUGACUUUUGAGAAGAGAAAAACAAGGCAUGCAAAAAGCAGAUUACGAUUUGUACUCACUUCCCCUCAUUAUGUUCCUAUGCCCUUUGCAACUUCUUCGUUAAACUACUUAUUGGUUACAACAUGACAAAACUCAAAUCAUGUGAUGAUAUUACCAUUGCCCCCUCCACCUAUUGUACUCUUUAAUUACAAACGAUGAAAACACAGCAGAAACAGACAAAAUGAGGAUGAAGUUCUUUAUAUAUCAUUAGUUGUUUAACUUUUGCAGUUAGCGGAAUAUUCGCUGACAAUUCACAUCACAUGCAGUUUGGACUUGAACCUAUUUUUAAUCUCAAACUCAAGAGAUCUGUGUUCCUCGAUAAUGACCAUAGUUUCUAUUAUCAAUACGCAUCACGUGGUUCUGGACCAAGCAGUCUAAAAAGACUAUAAUAUUACUAUAGAGUAACGCCUAUGUCAUGAAAAAAAAACAGGCUGUGCUUUUGAACGCAUGAAGUACUUUUUAAGAGUUUAAAUGGGAACCUUGUUUUGCUAUUCAAUCAUUUAGCUCUUCACCUACUUCAAAAUCUUCAUACAAAAACAUAUCAAAUGUGUUCAUCUCAUGCUUUCAUUAGAGCCAUCAGGCCAUGUUUUCUGAUGAUGAAUGGAUCACCAGAUUAAUUAUUAACCGAAGAGCAAAAAGAUCAUAAAUUUUCAUCUUUUCCGUACGUAAUAACAGGACAUAUAAGUUACUACUGUUUUCAGGGAAAAAAACAAGAUGAUGAUUCCCUUUUACUUACUAGGGGGCUCCAUCAGUUUAAUGAUAUCAGAGACCAUGCUUGUGUAAUAGUAUGGUUCAAUCUUGUUACUCUUGUUUAGUAGAUUCACUCGUCACCCCCUGUUUUCAAAAUUUGAGGAAAAAGAGAAUCAUACAGUCAAUAAAACAUUGUCCACAUAAAGUCGGUAGUAACAAGUAACAACCUUAUAGGGGUGAGGAGAGUUUUGCUGGCCGAACGAUGCCGUUCUAUUGAGAAAUGCCCAUUAUGAACGUCUCAAAAGGUCGUUCCAUUAAGAAAGGCCCAUUAUAACUUGGGCUUCUCUCGGCCUCUAUCUUAAUUAUUUAAAGAGGAAAAAAACAAACACUUUUUUUCUUUCUUACCGGCUGAUUUGGCUUCAUCUCUAACAACUGACAAGUGUUAAAGUGGAAGUGGAAAAACAACUACUCCUCCGAGUGUCCUGGGGAAUGGCAAAAGUGGUAAAUAAGAAGAAAGAGGAAAGGGUAAUUUGGGGAAGAAAGAGGAAUGAGAUUGAGUUGUUGUAGGAAUAUGAGAAUAGCCAUAAAGGCUGUGAAUUUGCAUUUACAUCUGAUCCGUGUGGGCAGUGACAGUCUCUAUCAAAGUAGGCAACUUUCAUCCUCUUCCCAUCAUCAUCUAUUAAUGGCGAAGGAUCUCAAGUCAACCUUCCUCAAUGUUUAUUCCACCCUCAAGUCCGAACUCCUCCAUGACCCUUCUUUCGAAUUCACCGAUGAAUCCCGUCUCUGGGUUGAAAGGAUGCUUGAUUACAAUGUACCUGGAGGGAAGCUCAACCGAGGUCUCUCCGUUGUGGACAGCUUCAAGCUUUUGAAAGAAGGCAAAGACUUGUCGGAAGAAGAGAUUUUUCUCUCGUGUGCUCUCGGUUGGUGUAUCGAAUGGCUUCAAACUUAUUUCCUUGUGCUUGAUGACAUUAUGGAUAACUCUGUCACCCGCCGUGGGCAACCUUGCUGGUUCAGAGUUCCUCAGGUAGGUAUGGUUGCUAUCAACGAUGGGAUUCUACUUCGCAAUCAUAUCCACAGGAUUCUCAAAAAGCACUUCCGGGGAAAGCCUUUCUAUGUUGACCUCGUUGAUCUCUUUAAUGAGGUAGAGUUUCAGACAGCUUGUGGCCAGAUGAUAGAUCUGAUCACCACCUUUGAAGGCGAAAAGGAUUUGGCCAAGUACUCAUUGCCAAUCCACCGGCGUAUUGUCCAGUACAAAACGGCUUAUUACUCGUUUUAUCUCCCUGUUGCUUGUGCGUUGCUGAUGGCUGGCGAGAAUUUGGAAAACCAUGUUGAUGUGAAGAAUGUUCUUGUUGACAUGGGAAUCUACUUCCAAGUGCAGGAUGACUAUCUGGAUUGUUUUGCUGAUCCCGAGACUCUUGGCAAGAUAGGAACGGAUAUAGAAGAUUUCAAAUGCUCCUGGCUGGUGGUUAAUAAGGCACUGGAACGCUGCAGCAAAGAACAAACUGAGAUAUUAUACGAGAACUACGGUAAACCUGACCCAUCAAACGUUGCUAAAGUGAAGGAGCUCUACAAAGAGCUUGACCUUGAGGGAGUGUUCAAGGAGUAUGAGAGCAAAAGCUACGAGAAGCUGAUUGGAGUGAUUGAGGCUCACCAAAGUAAAGCUAUCCAAGCAGUGCUAAAAUCCUUCUUGGCUAAGAUCUACAAGAGACAGAAGUAGAGGCUUAAGCUCUCUGAACUUCAUGUUAUGUCUUUGAUUAUUCGUUGGUGAUUUGUGUCUCUCUGAUUUCACUGGGAAUAAUCCUGCCUUAUUUCUUAAACUAAGUUAUCAUUUUUUCUUUUAUUAAUUUUUAUAAUUUUA